AUCGCUGUUGUUAAGGUGACGAGCUGAUAGAAUCGUUAACGCGCCGGGCAAAUUGCUUGGCAGACAGCAUUUCUCCUGGUUCUUUACGUCCGAGUUCAAAUCCCGUUGAGGCCAACUGUGCCAUUCAUCUUUUCGAUGUCGAUAAAAUAAGUACCAGUUGAGUAUUGAGGUCGAAGUAAUCGACUAGCUUUUUCCUCUAAAAUUUCAGGCCUUGUGUCAAAAGUAGAAAUAGGUGAAAUAUUAUAAAAGGACCAGCAAUGUCUUAUUAAGGUUAUUAGUUAGACGUAAGUAAGCGAUAUUCUAUUACCCAGAACGAGGCUGGGUAUUCAUGUCAGUUUCGCACCACAACAUAACAGAAAUCAUAAUAUGUUAUAAGGAAAGAUCUUUCAACUAUCAUCAUGUCUCUUUAUUUGAGGAAGCACUUUAAUCUCUGUAAACAGCUGGUAUUUGUUUACAAAAAUCAUCGUUGUGUUUCAACAGAUUCUAGUAACUUUUACAAACCCAAACGACUCUAUGUAUCGAAAAUGUUUCAAAAUUUCGGCAUGGUUCAACCUGCUAAAAGUUCUCUUUCUUGUUCCAGUCACAAGCUGAUGUUAUACAAUGAAAUCAUUCAGCAGUGUUAUUCUGGCCAUUAUUAUAUCCUUCCCUUGGGAAUGAGGGCACUGGAAAAACUUAGACGCCUUAUUGAUGAAGAAAUGGAAGCAACAGGUGCUCAGAAGAUGGUCAUGCCAUCUAUGGUGCCAGCAAGUUUAUGGAAAACAUCAGGCCGAUGGAGUCUGAAGGAAGUUUUUAAACUCAGUGAUAGACAUCACCAAGAUAUGUGCCUGUCUCCUACUCAUGAAGAAGUUGUCACAUCACUCUUUGGUCAGUAUUCACCAUUUUCCAUGAAGCAGUUUCCCAUCAUGCUUUACCAGAUGGGCCCAAAAUUCCGAGAUGAAAUUUCACCAAAAUAUGCAUUAUUGAGAUGUAGAGAAUUUGAAAUGAAAGACCUUUACACAUUUGAUUGUUCAGAGGUUUCUGCAUUAGAAACAUAUGAAAAAAUUUGUGAAGCAUAUUGUCGCAUUUUUAAUCGUCUUAAAUUACCAUUUAUAAAAGUUGAAGCAGACACUGGAGAUAUUGGUGGAAAAAAAUCUCAUGAAUUUCAUUUACCGUCUUCUGUUGGGGAAGAUUAUCUGCUUAUUUGUGAAAGUUGUAAAUAUGGAAGAAAUAUAGAACUUGUCGAAAUUAAUAACAUUUCAUUCAGUUUAAAGAAGUGUUUUUUUCUUUUCUUUCCCACAUUUCUUUUUCAGGUUGGUCAUUCCUUUUAUCUUAGCCAAAAGUAUUCAUCUUUAUUCAAUGCAACAUAUGUCAACAAUGAUAAUAAAAUAUGUUUUGCUGAGAUGAGUUGUUUUGGUUUGGGAGUAACUCGAAUUCUUCAAGCUGCGAUUGAAGUUUUGUCUUCAGAACGGCAAAUUUCAUGGCCAAGUAUCAUUGCUCCUUAUCAAGUUUGUAUCAUUCCUCAGAAGGAAGGUUACAAGAGUGAAGAAACAUUUAGUUUAGCUGUUUCCCUCAGUGAUCAGUUGACAUCUAGACCACAUAUCAAUGGAGAAGUUGUGAUUGAUGAUAGAUUACAAAUGACAGUUGGCAGACGGUUGUAUGAAGCAAAACGAAUUGGUUACCCCUACAUUAUUAUUGUUGGAAAGCGCUCUUUAGAAUCGCCUCCACAGUUUGAAGUGAUAUCAGCUGGUGAAACAAAUUCAAGCUUUAUGUCUGUUGAUUCAAUUUCUUACGAACUCUCUCAAACGGAAACUAUAUGAAGAUUUGUUUGUAUUUAAUAUUUAAAUUGUUGAAUAACUGAUUUUAGAAUUAUUUUUUUGUAAUAUCACCCCUGAUUAAUAAAUUGAUAAUCUUUAUACAUGUUGAUUAACCUAUCCAAAAUGUUUUGGGUUAUUUUAAACUUUUCUUCUUUCAUUUACCAUUAAACAACUUCAGCUGAAUGCUUUUAAUUCAAUGAUUUUUGUUUUGUGAUGUCUUCGUAUUUCAACAAAGAAUUAUCCUUCUGGAAAUUUUUCAGUAUCACUCUACAACGAGGCAUCCAUACCUGUUCCCUUCCUACCUUAAAUCUCUCAACUGGCUUCUCAAUAUACCUCACUAUUCUCAGAUGAGGGGUUUUUGUCUUGCAAGGUACUUGGUGACCCUGUCAGUGAUGGUUCAUGGUGCCACGUGCCACGUAAAAAGCACUGGUGCCAGUGCCAUGUAAAAAGCACUGGUGCUGGUGCCACAUAAAAAGCAGCUGCUACACUUUUUAAAGAGGUUGGCAUUAGGAAGGGCACCCAGCCAUAGAAACUGUACCAAAAUAACAUAGUGUGGUUUCUAUUCUAGCCUUAUCAGAUCCUGUCAAACCAUCCAAGCCAUGCCAGCAUGGAAAACAGACUUUAAAGGAUGAUGAAGAAUUCUCACAAGUGAAGUACCAGAAGAAUGAAUUUCAACUCCCACAGCAUCGUGUUUGAAACAAUUUCUCAAGUAUUUGCAGACUUCCUUGAAAGCUCUUCCAUGGUCCACUUGGAGAUUGAAAAGCAGGGGCAAAUUCUACUCUAGGCACAAGGCCUGAAAUUUUUGGGAAGGGGGCCAGUCAAUUAGAUUGACCCCAGUAUGCAACUGGAACUUAAUUUAUAGACCCUGAAAGGAUGAAAGGCAAAGUUGGCCUCGGCGGAAUUUGAACUCAGAACACGAAGACAGACAAAAUACUGCUAAGCAUUUCGCCCGCCAUGCUAACAUUUUUGCCAACUUGCCACCUUUUUUCAAUCUCAGUAUUAAAGUUGCACAUAGUAAUGCUGCGUACAUUCCUACAACAACAUUUUCUUUACAUUCUACAAAGGCAGAAGUAAAUCUGCCUUCAACUCAGUCGCAUGCCUGUGUUUCGCUUAUUUUUUGUGUGUGUUUUACUACAUAAACAGCACCAACUGCCUACCCUGAGUAAUUACUAACAGCAGGUGCCUGGUAGAGAGAUUUCAAGUGGCCCUGUUAUGCACAAGAAAGUUGACAACUUUCAGAGAUAAUCUUUUAUCUCUUAUCUUUAAUCUUUUACUUGUUUCAGUCAUUAGACUGUGGCCAUGCUGGAGCAUUUUCUUGAAGAAUUUUUAGUCGAAUGAAUUGAGCCCCAAGACUUAGUUUCUUUUAAAGCCUGAUACUUGUUCUAUUGAUCUCUUUUGCUGAACCUAUGAGGACUUAAACACACCAAAACCAGUUAUCAAGUGGGUGGGGAGAAACACAGACACAAAGACACACACACCCACACACAUAUACAUACAUACAUGCAUGCAUACUUACACACAUACAUGCAUGCAUGCAUACGUACAUACACACACACAUAGAUACAUACACACAUAUACAUACAUGCAUGCAUACAUACAUGCAUACAUACAUUCAUAUAUACAUACAAACAUACAUUCAUAUAUACAUGCAUACAUACAUGCAUACAUACAUACACACAUUCAUACAUACAUAUAUACAUACAUGCAAGCGUGCAUACAUACAUAUGUACAUAUGUAUACGAUGGGCUCCUUUCAGUUUCCAUCUACCAAAUUCAUUUGUGAGGCUUUGGUCAGCUCGAGGUUAUCCUACUUUAUAAUAUUCUAUAAUUGCAGCUCCACCAUUUUCUCUCCUCUUCACUCCCAUAAUUCAACAAAUUGUUACACAGUUCAGUUGGCAAAAUCGUUAGAAUAUUGAAUAAAAUGCCUAACGACAUUUCUUCUGAUUAUUUAUGCUUUAAGUUCAACUCCCACCUAGUUUGAUUUCAUUGCAGGAUCGAUAAAAUAAAGUACCAGUCAAGUACUAGGGUUGGUGUAAUCUACUUACCCCCUCCCCUCAAAAUUGCUGAUCUAUUAAAAUGUUAAACAAUUAGGUCAAAAAUCAAAUGCCAAAGAUAAUGGCAGAGCUGGUUUUUGACACAAUUUCCUAUGAAUAGAUAAGAAAUAUUGACUUUUGUUCACCACUAAAAAACACUUUUGUUGUUUGUUUUUGUUGUUGUUUUUCCUCCUUAUAGUCUAUUGUUCACUAAACAUGUAUUAAGUUGACUGCUGUUAUUUAUUAUCCAAAUAUUUGAUAUAUUCAACAUUUAAAACGAUAAAUUAGAGUGAAAAGCAACAGAAUAUAUUUUACCAGCCAAAAUGACGAAGGGAUAUUACUUUGCUUUGUUUUUAAUUUUAAUAGUCUGUUCAACUAACAUUGGAGUUAAUGCUGCAGAAACAGAUAAAGUCUCCAUUGGCACCGGAUAUUGUGAAACAGUCCACCGACUGUCUGUGAAACUACAUGAUUUUCUUGGCUGCAAAGGUGGUCCAGAAAAUCAUGUGACUGUUCCAAUGAUGACGUUUUUGGUUCUUCUUCAGAUAUUUGGAAUGUAUAUGAGCAAGUUAUUAUAACAAAACCUAAUUUAUUUGAUCAAAUGAAAGUAAGCUAGAAUUUUUAAAGAAAUAAAGAAAAAAAUAAAUAUUUACA